AUGUCCCAGGACCUCUUUGCAGCUUUUGGAUCGGAAGAGAGCGAUGCUUGUCCUAGUUACAGCACAGAAUCAGAGUGUUCGCGAUUAAGUAGCGAGAGAGUCCGGAUUGGUACCAAUGUGACCACUCCCAGUUCUACCUUGGCCACGUUUUGCGAGGAUGAAGACGACUUUGGAGACUUCGAGGAUGCAUCAAACACUGGGCCGUCUGAGGUUUUAGCUGCACCUUCUAUGCUAUCUAGCACAAAUCUGCAAGAUGUUUCACACUCAAGACAGACAUUUUCGAGUCCGAAGCCAGAGCCAGAGGCCAUAUCUACGCCAUCAAACAGGACGCCGCUCACAAAGCCGACCUACCCACCACCAAAGCGCUCUACGCCACCGCCGCCUACUGAUGCAAGACGGAAAGCCUCGACCCGCCCUUCAAAGCCAGCCCCGGAGGUAGGAGCACAUCCCUUCGCUGGCCGGAUGGACUUUCUAUUCGAAGCAGAUGAUGACGAAUACAAUGCCGGCACUGACGAGAUUGCGGACAUUGCAUCGAAUCCUGAAGCAGCUAUGGCAUACUCAAAACGGGUAGUGUUAGAGCAGCAAGCUCGGGAAGAAGCCAAGAAGCAAGUGGAGAGGUCGCAGAAACAGGGGGCCCCCAAGCAGGCGGAGCUGGUGCCUGUCUCUGACACGGUGAGCAAGCGGUCGAAAGACUCUCGAAGGACGAAGGAGGCAAGGGUAGAUGUGCUGUUGGAUGCUGAAACUGACUCAGGGUGGGGAGAGCCAGUGGAUGACUAUGCGAAUGUAUUGACCGAACCGCAAUAUGCUAAACCUGAUGCAUAUCUACCUGCUGUUGAUCUGCUCGCGUUGGACGGCUGGAGACCAGGUACCACCCUGGAAAGUGAAAGGACAAAUACGCCCAUACGUCCAAUGACAGAACUAGCGAGGACCCUGCAUCAUCAGAGUAUGGUUGCGAAGAAGCCUUCGCCGAUUCUCGCGCACGAAACCAUAGCAGAUUCCGAUGAGUGGGACGACUUUGAAGAAGCACCGGCGAGCCAGUCUGUCGCCCAUUGUCUUGAUAAUACGGCAGAUGACGCUUCAAGAAGAAACCGACUAGUAAUAGCUCAACAAACAAUGCCUCCGGCAAUCCAAGCACAACCACCUCCACCUACAAACGUCCCGCCACCAUCAGUACUUAUGUCCAUGUUCCCAUCACUCCUCGAGGCUGGCAACGAUGCUCUCUUCAAUACCCUAUCAAAGCUGGACACGGCACAGCGACAAACACUUCUUUCACAUCCCGCAACUCAUCAAUUCCUUCGUGGCUACCUUGCCCUAGCCCUCGUACUAGCACAUGUCAUAGUGGGUCGAAAGCUGCGCUGGAAGCGCGACAGUCAUCUCGCGCAAAGUAUGCGCAUCGGGCCAUCCGUAGCUGGUGGAGGUAAAGGCGGCAUGAAGUUGACUGGAGUAGAUCGAGGUGAAGUGGCUAAGGAAGACCGGGAAGUGCUGGAUUGCAUUCGACUGUGGAAGAUGCAGGUUGGCAAGCUGCGAUCUGCGGUCGCUGGCGCAACAGCAAGUGGUUUGCUAGCUGGUGAAGCAGGGAUGCCGCAGGUACCCGAGCUUGCCGAGCAGAUGUCUGUAAAGACAUUGAAGGUGGACGAGGGCGGCUUCACAGCCCCUGCUGCGUGCGCACUCUGUGGUCUCAAGCGCGAGGAGAGAGUGACGAAGGUUGAUGUCGAGGUCCAAGACAGUUUCGGCGAAUGGUGGGUGGAUGGAGCGAACUGCCAUGCAGUAUGUCUGAACUUCUGGGUUGAGCACAAGGAGAAAUUGAGGUCUCAUUAA